AUGCAUAUCAAGCUAACUGCUCAAUCAGAAAGCCGUAUGGUGCUCAUGAUGGGCGACAGGGAGCCUGUUCCGCCACUCGCGUGUCUCACCUUAGCCGCUUCUUUUGGCAGUAACGAUAGCAGAGUUACAAAAACUCUAAGCGGGUUUUUGGCCAUCCUUCUUGUGGGAAAUUCUGGAGCCUGUCAGCUGUGUCCAUCCAUUCAGAGUGACGUGUGUGGGAAUUGUUUCGCGUAUAUCGACUCUUGCCGAAGGAGCACUCUACCCCGCUUUCCUAUUGAAUGGCUUGGCUCUUCCGUAUACUGCUUUGUGGCUGUACUGUUAAAAAUUUCAGCGGCAUUUCCAUGGAUGCGAACAGGCUUGGAAAAGGUACGAGAUCACCCGAAAAAGCAAAAUGCUUGGAAGCUUAGAGCCCUAUCAAGCACGGCGGAGAAUGUGCGCUCCCAGAGAAGGGGCCAGCAGGAGCAGGGCAUAUGCUUUAUCAGCACAGUGCAAGGAAGUUAUGAAUGCGGAGAAGGUGCAAGUCUUUGGCAACUUGUGGAUGUGCUGACUUCUAUACCAAGCGGCUUUGCGUUGCCUGCGGAGGCCCUGCCUAAAGUGGAGCUGCUUGAGGUUGUCUUUGCUGGCAAUCAUAGUCUAGCCAGCGACUAUGGAGCCUCAUAUGAGCCGUACGGCAUGUAUAUGGAAUCAGGAGAGCCGUACUCUGAGCCUUUACUGAUUGAUGCAUCAGAUUCUGGUUCAAUACAUAUUGUUUACCAUCAUUGUCCAUAUACAGAUGCGAUGCUGCGGGGAUGGAAGUUUCAUGGCAAUCAGUUCAUUACUGCGGAGCCUGGUGAAACACCUCUCCUUCUUCAGCGACGACAAAAAAUGUGUGUCGCCAGGCGGGUAGAAAUGCGAUCUGAUGGGGAGCAAGAAGGAUCAGAGCUUACUUUAAACGCCGGUGAUCAACAAGAGCCUCGAUUCUUUGGCUAUCGAGUAGACGAGCAAGGCUAUAUUGCAUAUUUUGUUGCAUUCACUCGCAUGCUACCCAGCAUCUGCGUAUACCUGAAGUGUUGCAUUGCAAACUCCAACAUGCCAUGCGAGAUUGUCUUCUACGACGUGCGAAACCCCAAGAUUUUGUCACAGUUUGAGCACGUUGUUGGCUCUUCAUCUGUCACCCUGAGCCGUGAAUGCCCCCUAUGCCUUCACAAUGGAGGAGAAGACGGUGUGCCUUUGAGUUACUUUACUUCAAUUGAAGACGACCAACUGUCUGAUGAGUGUCCCAACCUGAAGCCACACACUUAUGGAGACUCUUUUGUGUUCCUGGGGCCAGGGAAAGAUGGCAGCCGUGUCCAUAAACAUUAUGCCAUCGGCUCCCUCAGUAACACUCUUCAAAUCAGGCAAUUUGCAAAAAUGACCCAGGUGUCAGUGCAGUACCCCAACAAUUUAUGGCUCUCCCGUGCAGGCGCCUAUCACGAAAACUUCAAUCCACCCGAAGCCAUGAGGAGCUACUACAUUGUACGGGGUGCUGAGUAUACCACUGCGGACGAGAGUCGCCAAAGGCUUCAGGAGGUCCUGUUCUAUUACGACUCGCUGGCAAACGCACAAGAAAACAAGGGAACUGAGUUUAUCUCAAGCCUUAAGACACCACAGGUGGCGAACACGAAAAUCCCCGAUGCCAUAUUUGCCGAGCAUCCUAUUGCCAACGACAUGACCUAUUUCUACAGCAAUCCGAUAGGCAACGAGAACAGAUUUGUUGCCGGGGGAGGAUUUCAACUACCGGCAAGCAAGUUUGUAAGCUUGGCGGCGAUCAAGGGCUUCUGUGUUGCGCCGCUGUUCUACGAUCAGUGGGCAGUGUUCCUGGCUCUCGAAGAGCCGGUAGGUCGAGCAGAUCAGCAGCGAGAGUCGUCACGGUCUCCCCAGCGCGUUACUACAAAUGCUUGGGAAACGGCUCCAUUACCUUGGUGGAGUAACGAGCCUCUACCGGAGUAUUCCUCGGCGCGGCGUGGGCAACUGUUGUAUAUGCAAGUGCCCAUUUCUGGAACCCGUUCAUACAAUGAAGUUACCUUGCAAGUGUUCAAUGCAGACACAUUCCGUUCAUUCCACUGUUCUCCUGCUGGUAGCGCUUCCGUGCUGCUGCUACACCACGAUGCAGUGAACCACAUCCUGCAUAUGGAGGAACGGUUUAGGGAUGGGUCGCUCAGAGCAGACUUUCAAAUAGAAAUUCGGCGUGUUUUGCAUGAAUCUCUCCUGCCAUCGAGGACAGUGGCAUCUCUCCAAAAAGGACCAGACUCCGUUUUAUGGAUUAACCUGUUAAGUACCAAAAGGUUUUCCGUGGAUGAGAGUUAUUAUUACGUUCCUGCAGAGCUUCCGGGGAAGAUUGGUUCAGUACAAAGGGCCACCGGGUUCUAUGCCGAUGGGGACUGCCUUGGAGAGUGGUACCCUUCGUUGUCCUCAGCGACCUGCUCGGAGUUUUGCGUAUCGCUGCAUGCUUACCAAGUGAGAACUGCUGCUCGUGGUGGCGCUGCAUGCGCCUUUCAAGCCGGAACUGAACUGGCGAGGCAUUGUUUUGAAGCUCCUUGCAGCCGUGUGGCAAUUCACAGCCUUACAGUUAAUGAUUCAGGAAACGGGGAUGGUGUGGAAUCUUUACUUGUCGAUGGUUCGGCUAAAAGGGAAGGGGAUGACCAACAUGGGACCACUUCGGUUAGCUCAUACACUUUUAGGUCGACUUAUGAAGAGGUCCAAAGGCCUUACCACCCCCGUACAAGCAUCCACACAGGAGAGGAUGAUCCAGCGGCUUCAAACGAGCUACGUUUUUGGCAGGAUAACUUGCUGGACACAUCGGCUCCGGUACACCUUGGUGCGGAUGGAGUUGCUUCAGCCAAAAUCGAGUUGGAAGCUCCUGUAGAUCUGUGGCAUCUGCGUAUAGCAUUCGCCUCUACGGCGGGGCAGGCAAAUUCCGGAUCUGCAAAAACAGCCUCCUUCGAGUUCUCACUGUCUGUUUUAGACGAUAGUGAUGAGGAAAUACACACAUGGGAAACAAGCGCACCUCCAUCUCCAGCUGCACAGAGUGUAUGGGAAGCAAUGGAUUUGCGUCUCUACCGGGCAAAGUAUAUUACUAUUAGGGCGGCCCAACCAUUUAGAAUCGCGGAGUUCCAAAUCUUCGGCAUGCCUUUAGAGCUAUGCCCAAAAGGGGGUUUCCUGGGUAAUACUAGCUGCAGUGUGCCAACGGUGCAGAGACUCCGUUCGCAUAGCAGUCUCGACUGCCAAGGAGCUUGGAGCGAGUGGACUGCAUGCCAAGCCGAUUGUAGACGAAAGAGGCAAGCUGCGUGCAUGAUAUUCUUUCUUGGGCCCGAUGUAAAUGAUCUCGUUUUAUUGGGGCUUCAGUGUCUUUCCACUGUGUGCCUGCUUCUGCUUGGCACAGACGGACUGUGUAACGUUGUUUUCGGCGCAAGCCUUUUAAGAGACGAAGACUGCUAUCCUUCUGCUUCUCGCUGGUCGGAGUGUAUAGGGUGUCGGCAGAUGCGUGUUUGGCAUAUUCUCCGUGCCGCUGCAGCAGGAGGCAAGGCAUGCCCCUCUAAUCUAUUCGAAACGCGCUCGUGCAAGACUGCUGAGGGCUGUGAUGUGAGUCCGGUUAGCUUCCCGGAGCCUCCGGACCAGCCAGUUGUCGAAGACCCCGAUUCUACAGAGAAUGACCUCAUGCGCCCUGUUGGUGGUAUUUUCCUAAUAAUAGCUGUAGCAUGCAUUCUUCUGCUUUUAGCGGCCCUCGAAAUUUGGGGGCGUUGGGGCACAUCUAUGGCUGCCUAUCGAGAAGUCAUGAACCUGCAGCGCCAAAAAGAUUUAGUCGCAGCACGCGAGCAAAUGCGCGAGUACAAGCGAAUGAUUGAAGCGUACAAACAAAAACUCGAAGAGGAGCAGAGAGCGGAAGUGCAGAGCGAAGCUGCUGAGCUCGGGCAACUGGAAUCUGCUCUGUUUCAGCACGCCGUCGCCACUGUAGUAAACGAGGACGAGUCAAUACCGGCUGAACUUACAGAUUCAGAAGCUGAAGUAACCAGCCCUUCAACUUCAGAGGCUAGCAGAGGCGAGCUUGAUAUUGGUGAAGAAAGUGAUGCUGUGAACCCCACGUAG